CUGGAGAUAGAGGCAGAGACUAUCCAGUUCCCGACGAACUGCCAGAUACAACCAAAAAGAUUCGAACUUUUGCUUGUACAGUUCGAACAUAAGGGUUGUCCGGGAGGCUCACCCUCUGUUUGGGUUUCGUUGGCUAAAAAGGUCAAAUUAGACAUAGAAACAAACAGGAAAACAGAGCAAAGUUGGAAAAUUCCCGGAGAGAGAGAGAGAGAGAGGAUGAGAGAGGAAAAAGUGGGAGAGAGAGAUUGUGAAGGAGAGGGAGGAGGAGGAGAAGAAAUGGAGAAAAAGUGGAGACAUGGUUUGUUGGCGGGCAAUAGCUAUAAGAGAGGCGGUCCCUCUACUCCUCCACCCAUUUGGCGCCUCGAGUUCUCUCCGCCGCCGCGAGCCGGAGCUCCGGCCUCCGUAGAGAGUAAGGAGUUCUUGACGAAUCCGGCGGCGGCGGAGGUUUCUGCCCGGAAGCUAUGCGCGAAUUUGUGGGAAGUCGAGCAAUUCCGGCCACCGAUCAUGCGAAGAGGGCUUCGCAAGAUGCGGCGAGUUCGUCGCCGAGAUAAGGUUGAAGACGACGAGGCUUCCGAUGUGGAACCACCGGAUGGUGGACCGCCUCAUGAUCAUCAGGCACUAAGCACGGGUGGCUCGAGGAGACAAAUCUCUGCAACACUUGGUCCUAAUCAUAGACUGGUCCAGACAAGUGGUCACGCCAUGGAACCGGUCUCUCGUGCAAGUUACAGCAGCUCAUUGGAGGCUGCAGCCUGUAAGAAGGGGUUUACUCCAACUGAUUCUUUGGAGCUCAAGUCCCUGAGCUACGGUCUGAAAACCUCGACGAAGCUUCUCAAGGUGCUAAACCGGAUAUGGAGCCUCGAAGAACAGAACGCUGCUAAUAUGUCGUUGGUCAAAGCUCUCAAGACCGAGUUGGAUCAAUGCAGAGAGGGAAUUAAGGAGUUACAGCAAGAGAAACACGGGAAUAGAGGUAUCGACAAGAUAAAGGGGAGUAAGUUCACAAGUAGGAGAAUGGAACAAGAGCAGCUCAAAGCUGCGAUACAAUCAAUCAGAGAAGAGUUGGAGGAUGAGAGGAAACUAAGAAGACGGUCAGAGAGUUUGCAUCGGAAGUUAGGGCGAGAGCUUGGGGAAGUGAAGCAUUGUUUCGCGAAAACUUUGAAAGAACUUGAACGGGAGAGAAGAGGGCGAGUUCUUCUGGAAAAUCUGUGCGACGAGUUUGCGGAAGCGGUUAAAGACUACGAGGAUGAUAUAAGGCGAACGGGUGGCAAGCUGUCUCCGGUGGUUGAGAGGGAAGAUGCUGACAGACUCAUUGUCCAUGUGGCGGAAGCAUGGCUUGACGAGAGAUCCCAGAUGAAGUUACAGGAAGAUAGAGAGGUGGAAUCCUUGGGAAAGAACAGCAUUUUGGAUAAGUUAGGUCUUGAUAUAGAAACAUUUCUCAGAGCUAAACGAUACAACGAUUCGAGGAAGAAGAAGAAGAAGAGUUACUUGACCGGGUUUGAGAAACGUUGCAGCGAGAGCAAGUCUCGUUCCCUUGACCUGAACAAGGAUUCGAGCAGGAGACUAGGGAAAGACAGCGCAUUAAGAGAAAGCUCAGCUGAUUCUUCAGAUACUGUGAAGCAAGGGGUUCACUCGAGUAAACUCGAAAAAGUUUCCAACUUUCAGAAUCCCCACGAGAAUUCCGACUAUCAUAUGGCAACGAGCAAUGCCCAGCUUUCAGAAACAGAAAUAAGAAGAGAUAACCAGUUGCAUCUUUUACGAGAUCUAUAUGGCCGGAAAAGCAAAAGGGUCGGCGAGAAUCACGUGCUGGUAUUGGAUCAGGAUCUUGGCCUUAUGAUCAGGAAUCAAUCUGGGUCGUCCGAAGGCGACAAGAUUCAUCCAGAGAGUACUGCAAGGGAAGCCGAACAUUUAGGCUGUCAGGAUCUGGACAAGUCUGGAACUUGUUCGAAGCAGAUUCGAAACGUGAAAGAGGACAGUCUGGAGGCAAAACUGAUGGAAGCACGGCUCGAGAGCCGGCGUUCGCGUUCUUGAAACAACGGCUCCAUAAUUCUUUAACUCCGAACCCCCUCUGGUUUCAUCUUGACCCAUUUGAGAGCUGUUCAAGCAGACACCUUAGAGACUGUUUACAAUUGCAUGUUUAUGUGUAUAAGUAGGAAAACGUAUACCUCUAUGCAUGGAUGAUGGUCAGUUCGGUCGGAUUCGUGAAGCAGUUCCCAUGCAACUUGGGAAACCGGGAGGAAAUCCUGUUAGACCGAGAAACAUGGCGGAUGACCGAACCGGUUCGUGUCAGACGCGGACCGAACCGGUAGAAACCUCUGUCCAAACACCCAGAUUUUCCUAAACACAAUCUCGUAUCCUUAACGAGGGUCGGAUUCUUGAACCUGGCAUGAGAUCUCAACUUGGGAACUUUCUCUUCUUCCAAGGAAAAUAAAAGCUAAUAACGUUAAAUAUAUAUAUAUAUAUAUAAAAGAUUAGAAAUUUAAAUAGGAUGGUACUGGAAUAUAUAAUAAAUGAAAUGAAUAACGAGAAACGCGAUGACCCAUCAAUCCUCGCUGGAUUUCCUCUUUUCCCCACUCGAAUAAAGUCACAGAGCGCUCUGUCUCUGCCAUCAAGACAGAAUCUAUCAGACCAGAUUUUCUUCACCGUUUCUAAUUCCAGUGAAUAUUUUAUUGCCUCUCUCCCUCUGCAUCUUUUCCAUUAUUAAUGUUCCUCGAAUUAGGGUUUCCCUCUUUCUCUAUUUAAACCACUUUAAGUUCAGCAAACCCCAUUCUUCACCCCCCUCCUCCAUUCUCUUCUUCUCGAUAAGCUUUUUUUUUUAAUUGGUAGAGUAGAGAAGAAAGAACUUAUGACGGGUUUAGAUCUGAGGAGCUCUCUUCUUCCAAAACGAGGAGGAAAAAAAAGAAAGGAUUUAAAAAAAAUUCAGAGUAGAAAAAGGAUCUGAGAGUUCAUGGAUUCCUCUCAAGGAGUGCGCAGGUUAAGAGCUCGUAUGAUGCGCACUCUUGAGGGUUUGCAUGGCCUCUUAGAUUCUUCUCCUUUUUCCUUCUCUUCUCUUCGUUUGGAUUGAAGGGAGCUCCUCUUUUUCUUUUCUUUUUUCUCCAUUCUCUCAUGCAAGAAUGUGCUUGAGCAUUUGAAGUUGUGUGUAUGUGCAUGCAGAUGGAUAGAGUUAUUGGAAUAUCCAUUAAGAAAUAUCAGCUGGUUUCAUAUUAUACCAUCGUGUUGGCUGUAAACUUGAAAUGACAUCAUAGAUCUGAUAAUUAAAUGAAAUAUCAACCUGUGUUUGGACCGUUUCUAUGUUUUUUUUUGUGGCUUACGACCUGCAUGCGUAUGUUUUGGGUUCGAAUAUUGAUUCCGUUAACGUAUUUGUGUUUUUUUUGUGGGUAUUAUAUUUAUGAUUUGACCAGACAUUUUGCUGUGACUGAAACCAGCUCGAGGAACGGUCAAAGGACUACGGCGACAUGUUUGGUUCUAAAGACUAGAAGAUCAUUGGCGUGCGGUUCGGUAGAGAUAAAUUGUCCCACGUGCUUUGUGUAUUUUCCUCGGACUUUGUACGUGUGGUUGUAUGGUUGUAUGUAUAUCAUUGGAAUUUAGUUUGUUGUAUGUUAGUUGAACAAAGUUGUCGUUAAGUCCAAACUAUUGUGACAAUCCUUCGAUA